GAUCUAAUGACCUUACUUAUGACUUGUACCAUAGACUCUGUCUUAUAGGUACAGCUAAUGAUACAGCUCCUGUGUCUCUACACUCGCUGAGACUCUGUCUUAUAGGUGAUCGCUACUGGUCGUAUCUCCACUGCGCGGUAUUGUCUGCGACAGCACCAUGGUAAGGUGGGAAUUGCUGUUGGAAAGGGAGUGCUUGCUCAGGGGAAGGGUUCCAACCCAACCAGCGCUUCAGUCGAUCAAGCAUUUGAUGCACUGGCACUCUUGUCUCGCAAGCCACUACAAGCCAAUCUGCCUGAUGCGAUUGGACAUGACAGCUUGCACUGGUUGGACUGUAGAAAUAAGGAUGUCGCAGCUCUUUUCACUCCGGCAGAUUGUGAUUAAUGUGACCCACAAUGAAAAAUUUAUAUUGUAGAUAUUGGAGUAUAAAUG